UUUCUGAUAGAAAAUGACGCCGAGAAGGACUAUCUCUAUGAUGUGCUGCGGAUGUACCACCAAACCAUGGACGUGGCUGUGCUGGUGGGAGACCUGAAGCUGGUCAUCAAUGAACCUAGCCGUCUGCCACUGUUUGAUGCCAUCCGGCCCCUGAUCCCAUUGAAGCACCAGGUGGAGUAUGACCAGCUGACUCCCCGGCGUUCCAGGAAACUGAAGGAGGUGCGUCUGGACCGUCUGCACCCUGAAGGCCUUGGCCUCAGUGUGCGUGGUGGCCUCGAGUUUGGCUGUGGUCUCUUCAUCUCCCAUCUUAUCAAAGGUGGCCAGGCAGAUAGCAUUGGGCUUCAGGUUGGGGACGAGAUUGUCCGCAUCAAUGGCUAUUCUAUAUCUUCCUGUACCCACGAGGAGGUCAUCAACCUCAUCCGCACCAAGAAGACGGUGUCCAUCAAAGUGAGACACAUCGGCCUGAUCCCAGUGAAGAGCUCUCCCGAUGAGACCCUCAAAUGGCAGUAUGUGGACCAGUUUGUGUCAGAAUCUGGGGGUGGGCAGGGCACCCUGGGCUCCUCCAGGACUUGGGAAAACAAGGAGAAGAAGGUCUUCAUCAGCCUGGUGGGCUCCCGGGGCCUUGGCUGCAGCAUUUCCAGUGGCCCCAUCCAGAAACCCGGCAUCUUCAUCAGCCACGUGAAGCCUGGCUCCCUGUCUGCCGAGGUCGGGUUGGAGACAGGGGACCAGAUUGUCGAAGUCAACGGCAUUGACUUCUCCAGCCUGGAUCAUAAGGAGGCCGUGAAUGUACUGAAGAGUAGCCGCAGCCUGACCAUCUCCAUCGUAGCUGGAGCUGGCCGGGAGUUGUUCCUGACCGACCGGGAGCGGCUAGCGGAGGUGCGGCAGCAGGAGCUGCAUCGGCAGGAACUUCUGAUGCAGAAGAAGCUGGCGAUGGAGUCCAACAAGAUCCUCCAGGAGCAGCAGCAGAUGGAGCGGCAAAGGAAAAAGGAAAUGGCACACAAGGCAGCAGAGGAAAACGAGAGAUACCGGAAGGAGAUGGAAGAGAUUGUGGAGGAUGAAGAGAACUUUAGGAAGCAAUGGGAAGAAGACUGGGGCUCAAAGGAACAGCUGCUCUUACCCAAAACCAUCACUGCUGAGGUGCACCCGAUACCCCUUCGGAAGCCAAAGUAUGAUCUGGGAGUGGAGCCCGAGCUCAAGCCCACAGACGACCCAGAUGGAGGCACAAAGAAGCAGGGAGAGCAGGAUUUCCGGAAAUAUGAAGAAGGCUUUGAUCCCUACUCAAUGUUCACCCCAGAGCAGAUCCUAGGAAAAGAUGUUCGACUCCUACGCAUUAAGAAGGAGGGGUCCUUAGACCUGGCCCUGGAAGGUGGUGUGGAUUCACCUAUCGGGAAGGUGGUUGUCUCCGCUGUUUACGAGGGGGGAGCUGCUGAACACCAUGGUGGCAUUGUGAGAGGGGACGAGAUCAUGGCAAUCAAUGGCAAGAUGGUGACUGACUAUACCCUGGCAGAGGCAGAAGCUGCUCUGCAGAAAGCCUGGAGUCAGGGAGACUGGAUUGACCUCGUUGUUGCCGUCUGUCCCCCCAAGGAGUAUGAUGAUGAGCUGUAA